AUGACAUUGUUUCCCGGAGUCGCACUCGUCACCGGAGCCGGCUCAGCAAUCUCAUUCGCCCGAGAAGGAUGCAACAAGGUUGCGAUCCUUGACAGGAACAAGGAGGGUCUGGAUGAAACGGUCCGGCUCUGCAAGGAAGCAAACCCUGCCGUUGAGAUUCACAAAGAAGUGUACGACGCCCGCGACGAGAAUCAAGUGAAUGCCUCGAUUUCCGCGGCUUAUAAGGCCUUCGGUAGAAUUGACUACGCCGUCAACUCAGCUGGGAUAUUCGGGCCCAUGGCGCCUUCUCAUGAACUCAGCAUAGCCGACUUUGACGACAUUAAUAGAACCAACUACCGCGGGCUUUGGAUUGCCCAGCGCGCGGAGAUUUCUCACAUGCUGAAGCAGGAGCCCCUCCCUACUCAUGAUGGAAGGCCGGGCAACAGGGGCACCGUCGUCAAUGUUGCCAGUAAUCUUUCACUUGUGAGCCGGCCGGAGACUCCCGCCUAUAGCGGCUCCAAGGCUGGUGUGCUCAGCAUAACACGAAGUGAUGCAAUUGAUUAUUCCAAGCACAAUAUCAGGGUUAACUGUGUGUGCCCUGGCCUUGUCGAGACACCAAUGACCAAGGACCUGUCUCCGGAUGACCCAGCCUUGUUCGUGGCACCUCUAGGCAGGAUGGCUAAACCACAGGAGGUUGCGGAUGCAGUCCUGUUUCUGAGCAGUUCAAAGGCAACUUACAUACAGGGCGCGGCACUCUCUGUAGACGGAGGGUAUACCAUCAACUAA